CGCACAGGCACUUCCGGUGACGUGGAGGCUGCCUCUCAGGACCGGGAAUGAUGGCUGCUCCCCUGAGCUCCGCGCUGCUCUUCCUGGCCGCCCUGGUGUUGACCCCGGGGGCUCUUGCCGGACCCCGAACCCUGGUCCUGCUGGAGAACAUUAACCUGCGGGAGACGCACUCGCUCUUUUUUCGCAGCCUGAGCGACAGGGGAUUCGACCUUUCCUUCAAGACUGCAGAUGACCCAAGUCUGUCCCUAAUCAAGUAUGGAGAAUUCCUGUAUGACAACCUGAUCAUCUUUUCGCCGUCAGUAGAAGAUUUUGGAGGAAACCUCAAUGUGGAGAUGAUAAGCUCCUUCAUAGAUGGUGGUGGCAGUGUCCUGGUGGCAGCCAGUUCGGAUAUAGGGGAUCCUCUCCGUGAGUUGGGAAGUGAAUGUGGCAUUGAGUUUGAUGAAGAGAAAACGUCCGUCAUCGACCACCACAACUAUGACUUGUCAGACCCUGGCCAGCACACCUUGAUUGUAGCCGACCCCGAAAACCUCCUGAAGGCCCCAACUAUUGUGGGGAAAAAUACCCCGAAUCCCAUCCUGUUCAGAGGCGUGGGUAUGGUGGCCGAUCCUGAUAACCCCCUGGUGCUGGACAUCCUCACCGGCUCUUCCACCUCCUACUCAUUUUUUCCUGAUAAACCCAUCACACAGUACCCACAUGCAGUCGGCAAGAACACUCUCCUGAUUGCAGGGCUCCAGGCCAGGAACAACGCCCGCGUGGUCUUUAGUGGCUCCCUUGAUUUCUUCAGCGAUGCUUUCUUUAACUCUGCUGUGCAGAAGGCUACUCCCGGCUCCACCAGAUACUCAAAGACCGGAAACUAUGAGCUGGCAGUCGCCCUAUCACAAUGGGUGUUUAAGGAGGAGGGCGUGCUGAGGGUCGGAGCUGUGUCUCACCACCGCGUUGGAGAAACACAACCGCCCAGCGCUUAUACAAUCACUGACCUUGUGGAGUACAGCAUAGUGAUUGAGAAGCUUUCUGAUGGGAAAUGGAUUCCCUUUGAUGGAGACGAUAUUCAGCUGGAAUUUGUACGCAUUGAUCCAUUUGUCCGGACCUUCCUGAAGAAGAACGGUGGAAAAUACAGCGUCCAGUUUAAGCUUCCAGAUGUGUACGGCGUGUUCCAGUUCAAAGUAGAUUAUAACAGACUGGGGUAUACUCACCUCUACUCCACCACACAAGUGUCUGUACGGCCUCUCCAGCACACCCAGUAUGAGCGAUUCAUUCCCUCAGCCUUCCCAUACUACGCCAGCGCCUUCUCCAUGAUGUUCGGCCUCUUCGUCUUCAGCAUCGUUUUCUUGCACAUGAAAGAGAAAGAAAAAUCUGAUUAAAAAGAAAUUGCUGCAGUUUUACUGAGCACAGAAUGCAGUCAUCAUCCGGUCCAGGGGGGCCAGAAGGGACGGGGUUGGGGGGGGGGGGGGGGGGGUCAUUUUGGUUGUACAUUUUGGAUUUCUGUUUUAAUUUGUGCAGAUUUUAUAUAUUUGACAUCAUUCUGUUUGCAGUCAUCUCUAGGGGCUGGUGGAGAGGCGAUGAUAAGUAAUGGGGGAGACAUAAGACACAUUGACACCCCCUCCACCACAGACGGGUCACUUUUUUUUUUUUCUGUGUGGUGGUUUUUUUUUUGUUUUUUUUUUUUGGACGUUUAUGGGCACUUGAUCUAUUUGGACAAUUUGUAAUAAAAAAUAAAAAUGUUUCCCCC